AUGUCACCUACUCCCGUCCCUAUCUCCCUGUUCGCAGAUGCCCAACGCAAACUGCUACAAAAAGAACACGAAGCCGAAAAACUAUCCUCCGCUCUUGCGACUAGCUCAACAACCACCAUUUCCCCAUCGACUCGGCGAACCUUACAGGCAACCGGAUAUGCAUUGACUGGAAUUGUACUAGAACAAUGCCGAACGGGCAUGGGUGGAAGGAUAGUCGGCGAAUUCGGGGCGGACGCAGCAUAUGCUACCGAAUCGACCGAAGAUGGUGAUGGAAGGGCGCGUUUCGGGGCACAUGGUAUAAGAGUUGGGGAUGUCGUUCGGGUGCUUGAAAUAUCUUCAAGCAGGAAAGGCGGCAAAGAGGGUAAAGAAGCCGGAGGGAAUAAACCGAAUGGUGCCGAAGGUGUGGUUAUCAAAGCAUCUGAGAAGGGGCUUUCGGUGGCUUUCGGUCAGAGUGGUGGAGGUACAAAUGCGAAAGCAGAGGAGGAGUCGGUUGAUGAGCUCUGGGGAAAGAAACUAUGGUUAGUCAAAUUAGCGAACGAUGUCACGCACAGAAGACUAAACCAGACGAUGGAAAAGAUGGAAAAGAUGUCCGAUUCAGAGCAUACAUACUUUAUGCGAGUCCUCUUUGGGCAUACAACCCCUUCGUCGCCCGACUACGACGCAAUCGGCCCUCUUGAUUUCUUCGACCCUACCCUAAAUGACUCGCAGAAGGAAGCUAUUCGGUUAGCACUUGCAUCAAAGGAGAUCGCAUUGAUACAUGGACCUCCCGGUACUGGAAAGACGCAUACGCUGAUUGAACUUAUUUUACAAAUGACUCGUCGAAAUAUGAGGAUACUCGUUUGCGGACCGUCAAAUGUUUCCGUCGACAAUAUCGUUGAACGUCUCACACCGCACAAAGUCCCAAUUGUGCGAGUCGGGCAUCCAGCUCGACUUCUACCGUCCGUACUAGAUCACUCGCUAGAAGUACUAACCCAAACAUCAGAAGCAGCAGAGAUUGUACGAGAUGUGCGAAAAGAGAUUGAUCAGAAGCAAGCAAGUAUUCGAAAGACAAGAAAUGGGCGGGAAAGAAGAGAGAUUUAUGGAGACUUGAAAGAGUUACGGAAAGAAUUUCGCGAACGAGAAUCAAAAUGUGUCGAAAAUCUCGUGACUGGGAGUAAAGUGGUGCUCGCUACACUGCAUGGUGCUGGAGGCCAUCAACUGAAAAACCAGAAAUUUGACGUCGUCAUCAUCGAUGAAGCCAGUCAAGCUCUGGAAGCACAGUGCUGGAUUCCGCUAUUGACUGCCUCGCGAGCUGUACUUGCAGGCGAUCAUCUACAGCUACCACCCACGGUAAAGUCGUCAAACAUGGACGCAAAGAAGAUAGGCAAAUCAAAAACAAAAGAAGCCGAAAAAGACUCAUCGGAGUCUCUUAACGGUGUAUCGCUUGAGAAAACCAUGUUCGAUCGAUUACUUGCUCUUCACGGACCAUCCAUCAAGCGGAUGCUUACUACGCAAUACCGAAUGCACGAGAAAAUCAUGCAGUUCCCCUCUAACGAGUUGUACGAAGGAAAACUUACUGCAGCAGAUUUUGUUAAAGACCGUCUACUGAAAGAUCUACCAUACGGUGUUGAAGAAACAGAUGACACGAAAGAGCCUCUAGUGUUUAUAGAUACGCAAGGCGGCGACUUCCCCGAGAAAGCCGAAGAUGAAGAUACCACAAUAAAAGGAGGUCUACUUAGCGAGAGUAAGAGCAACGAAAUGGAAGCCAGAAUAGCUAUCCUACAUGUCGAGGGUCUCAUUGAUGCAGGUGUUCGACCAGAGGAUAUUGCCGUUGUCACACCGUAUAAUGCCCAAGUUGCUCUGAUUGCGCAAUCACUGAGGGAAAAGUAUCCAGGCAUCGAAAUUGGAAGUGUAGAUGGUUUUCAGGGCCGCGAAAAAGAAGCGAUUGUUGUCAGUUUGGUGCGCAGUAAUGAGAAACAUGAAGUUGGAUUUUUAGGAGAGAAACGUCGACUUAAUGUGGCUAUGACGCGCCCGAAAAGACAUCUCUGUGUUUGCGGAGACUCUGAAACCAUCAGCAAAGGUAGCAAGUUCUUGAAAAACUGGAUGGCAUUCCUGGAAGAACAUGCAGACUUGCGAUAUCCUGAUGCCAGCGAAUUAUACUAG